CAAACUCACAAAGGUAAUAUUUGUGUGAAUUAUUUGCAAGAUAUAAAUUUUAUACAAAUGAAAAACAAAAAGGAAGACAAGCUAUGUAUGGUUUGCGGCGAUUUGGCCACAGGGUAUCAUUUCCAUGCCAUCACUUGUGAAGCCUGUAAACUAUUCUUCAGGAGAAAUGCUAUGAAAAAUGAGCGAGACAUUAAUGAUCGGUCGGAAACCAGUGAUGAAAACAGUACUUCCAAUAAAUAUCCAUCGCAUCAGACAUCGGAUGAUAUUAUUUAUAAUAACUUUCCAAAUGUUUUAACAAACAGUGAAUUAUCACUGAAAACCACAAGAGCUUAUGACUUGAAUCUGUCGGUCAUACCUGUUAUGAAACCCAUCACUGAUUAUAACAAUCAGUUCAAUGAAUUAGAGGGCAAUCGGUUGGAUGAACUCUUGGAUGCCCUGAAGGUUAUGAUGAAUCCUAUGGUCAACGUGUGUGAUAAUGAAAUAAACGCUUAUUCUGUCGAUGCCUUCAAUUUGAUACUUCGGUAUCAGGAGAAUGGUCUCCAAAAUAAUGUCCAAAUGGCUAAACGUCUUGAAUGGGACUCCGAUGUUAUUAUAAUUGACCUGUUAACUGCCAUUAUAUUGUUUAAUCCGAAUCGACCCAGUCUCAUUAACAAAACUGCCAUAAAUAUUAUAUUUAUGUUCAUUUACUUCAACGGUAUCUACAAUUAA